AUGGGCCAAGCAACCUCUGUUCAGGCGUCGCCGUCUGAGCCUGCUGCGGCCGGUGAACCGACGUCGGCUGAGCCUGGCACCCAGGUAGGGUGCUCGCAGCCAGACUCUCCUUCCCGCAACAUAUGGAGACGGUUUUCCGACCGAUGUUCGCGGCCAUUCCGCCGCGGCCGCUACAGCGACAGCUAUUGCCGUAUUGGGAGCCGGCCUCACCGGUUUGCCUCUGUGCCGACAGAAAAAGGAUCGCCCACACAACAGCGACAAGGCCCUCCACCGCUGGUUGAAGAGACGCCACAUGAUAUAAGUGCUAGAUUUGGUUCUCCUAUGCCGCCCUCCAGUUCCACAGAGUUGCCUCAGCCACCACGAACGCCAUCGAGACCUCCACCGUCACACGACCCAUUGGCUUUGCCGCCGCGACAUGGGCUGGAUUUCACGACGCCUUUGGAGUCAAAUAUGGCCUGGACAGACAUUGGAGAUGACUCGGAACGCACGCCGCGCAACCUGGGUGGAAGCGAAGGCCCAGCAAUGCUCAUUAGCCAGGUGCUGGCGCUCGCUGCAUCAAUCACUGCUCGCCAGCUAUUUGGAUACCGUCCAGAGUCUCAAAACGAUGACCAGUUUUCGGCAUUUUUGGACUCGUUGUAUAAUGGUUUCCAAAGCAGUGAAAUCAGCUCCAUGCUGAGCGGGCAGCAGAGCGAGAACGACAACGCGCAGGAUAGUGACGACACCAACCAAAGUACAAACAAUAAUAAUGAUGAUGACGACGGCGAUGCGGCGAGCCACUCGGAGUCUCGGCGCCCGCCAGGAUACUUUAGAAUGUUCCGUUUCCGAGAAACCGAUGCAGGGAUGAUUCCUGUUAUUAUCGUUAGUAUGCGUCCGGCGAAUCCCAGCCUACUGGAUUUCGUGCGAGAAACCCCUUCCCAUGAAGCAGACGAGGUUCCUUGGGACCUGGGCCCCCUAUCGCCGCGCCCCCCGCCUCUGCCUUCAUUCGAAGACCAUUUCCCGCCGCCCUUGCAUGCACCACCGCCGCCCCCGCCUUUGCACCACCCUCAGGCCCCAGCUCAUGUCCCGCUUGCUGUUCCGUUCGAAACCGAACAGCCGGAAAGACCGGAGGAGGAACCUCUGCUCAGUCGCAGAGAAAGGGGAACCCAAGCGUCGUGGAUCAUCUACGUCUGGGGUGGGACAUACCCCCCAAACCACCCGAUUUUCAUGGCCCCCAGCUUGCUAACCGAUGAUCCGACGUACGAGGACCUACUGUACAUUCAGGAGCUCAUGGGACAACACAAGCCGCCUAUCGCUUCGCAAAACGCCUUGGACCGCCUGGGUGGAGAGCUCACCGUCACCACGGGCUCGGCUCUUCUCGGCGACCGCUGCGCAGUUUGUCUCACCGACUUUGCUGAAAACGAUACCUGCCGCAAGUUGGCUUGCAGCCACACAUACCACCAACUCUGUAUCGAUAAGUGGCUCUCGGAAAGUCAAAACACUUGCCCGCUCUGUCGAGAGGUCGGCGCCCCAGAGGCAGACGCCGACGCAUAA